AUGCGCGUCAACGCCCUCUUCGCCGCUGUCCUUGCCGGCCUCGCCGCCGCAAGCCCUCUCCCCACGGAGGACUUUCAACUUGAGCGCCGCCAGCUCCUGGACACUGCCAAUGACGUGAUUCUCGGAAGCUGCAAGGCAGUGACCUUCAUCUUCGCUCGCGGUUCCACUGAGACGGGCAACAUGGGCAUAGUGGUCGGACCAGGAACCUGCAGCGCCCUCAAGCUGAAACUGGGAGCCGGCAAAGUCGCCUGCCAGGGCGUCGGACCACUCUACAUCGCGGACCUGGCCUCCAACUUCCUCCCCAAAAACACCAACCAGGUGGCGAUUGACGAGGCCGCGAGCUUGAUCAAGCAGGCUGCUACCAAGUGUCCCGAGACUCAGAUUGUUGUUGGCGGGUAUAGCCAGGGAACCGCCGUCAUCGAUAACGCUAUCCAGGCUCUCUCAUCGGACGUUAAGAAUCGCGUCAAGGGCGCAGUCCUCUUUGGCUUCACUCGUAACCUUCAGGAUGGCGGGCAGAUUCCGGGGUAUCCCAAGAGUCAAACGAAGGUGAUUUGUGCGCUGGGUGAUCUUGUGUGCACGGGCACUUUGAUUAUUACUCCAGCGCACUUGACAUAUGGAGUUAAUGCGGGCGAGGCGGCGAACUUCCUGGCGUCGCAAGUCGACGUCUGA